AUGCAGUCCAUCAUUGCUCAAAACGAAAAUCCAACCUUUGUCACCCACAACUUGAACAAAAAUCUAAUGGCAGUUUGGUCAUGGGAUGACGGUGACGAUGAUAUGGCGCUCAACAACAACAACAACAACAGCAGCAGCAGCAGCAGCAGCAGCACAAGCUCUCAUGGCAGUAGUAGUAGUAGCAUUGGAAGGAGUUCCAAGUGGACCAGCUUUGAGAAACUGUCAUCAUCAGAUAAUGAUAAUAAUGACAAUGAUGAGAACGAUGAGAACGAUGAUAACGAUGCCGAGAACGAUGAUGUGAAACAGUGGGAAUUCUAUCACUGUUUAGUCCAGCAAGAAGCAGUACCGCAACAUCAGGAAGAAAAGAAGGACGAAGCUGAGGAGGAGGAGGAGGAGGAGGAGCAUAAAAGCAAUAAGACGAGCAAAACUAUUUUACCAAACAUGUUUGGCAAGGACAGUCGGAUCAAGAGUAUGAUAGUCGAUAAUGUGGAGCAUUUGAAUCCUAUUCAUAUGUUUGGUCAUCACAAGCGGUCCUCAUCCCUUAAUGACGCCGCCUUCUUUGCACCAGAAGCCAGAAAAGACUUUGUCGGACAAGCUGUGGAGGACGCCAUAUCAAAAGCCAAAAAGACGUUUACGCUCAAACAUCAUAACAAUUCAAAGAAAGACAAUACUAAUAAUGCAUCGGAAGACGAGACGGAUACGAAAAAGAAAACAAGCCUAAUACAGCCACCACAGUCACCGGGUGGUGGUGACAUCAAUGCCUUCAAGGAUCAAUAUUCAAGUGUCAUGGACAUCGCAUUUACAAAUCCCAUUGCCAUGGCAAAAUUAAAGGCCUUCAAAACUCGAAAUACGCCGCAAACGCCCCGGAAAACCUUGAAAGAUGUGGCGGAUAUUCCAGCCAUACCCGAAGAUGCGCUCUCUCCGGAAGUCACCCGACAAUCGCUGGGCAAAUUCCUCGGCGAAACAAACAAUACCACCGCUAGUACUGACACACCCUCGAAACGAAAAAGCAAAUCCCGCAAAAGCAAAUUGCAAAAAGCGCUGUCCACAUCGCAUCUCUUGCACGAACACGACGACAACGACGAUCUUUCGGAGGACGAUCGAUCUGUAGCGACGACCAGGUCACAUACCAGAAGCAGGAAAAAGUCCAAGGAGGCGAAACGAAGACGGAGCAACAGUGUUGGAGCAACCGAAAAUCAUGAUGAUAAUGACAAUGACAAUAGUGAUGGUAAUGGUAAUGGUAAUGGUAAUGGAUUAUUAUCAUCCGUCAAAUCCAAAAAGAAAAAAAACAAGGAGGAAAAACGGAGUCGAAGUAGUAGCAGUGCUGGAAGAUUGAACAAACGAAGAUCCAAACAGCUGAAAAAAACCAUGUCGUCCAUGAAUGUCGACGGGGAGCGACGAUCGGACGACGAAGAUGAUGAGCUAUCCGUCACCAGUGCCAGCAAGAGUCCGCGUACCAAACGGAAAAGUCGACGAGUGCCCAAGCUAAGGAAACAAAGAUCGGAGGCGGAUGUAGGUGGCGGCACGGGGUCGCAACGAAGAUCCAAAAAGAAGGAUGCCACUAGCAAAUUGGAAGUCUUGAACAGCCGUAUGAAGAAAACGAUUGGGUUGGAAGCGACGCCCGACAGUCCAACUAGCUCCAAGAGUGGGAGUAGAAAAAGUGGGACACUGGAAGAACGGCGUGCCCGUAAACGCAUGUCGCAGCAAAAGCUCAAGGGGGCCUUUGACAAGAUUGUGGUGGACAGUGCCAAUGUCGGCGAAACGAUGGGAAAAGGCGUAAAGCUUGGUAUGGAUGCCACCAAAACGGCAGGCAAAACCGUUGGCAAAGGAGCCAUGGGGACUACCAAAGGAGCGAUCGAUGCUACCAAGACUGUCGGAAAAGGUGCUGUUGACGCAACAAAGACAGUCGGUAAGGGGGCUAUAGAUGCCACAAAAACUGUUGGUAAAGGUGCAAUGGAUGUAACCAAGACGGUAGGCAAAGGAGCUCUAGACGUUACCAAGGGAGUGGGCAAAGCCAUUGGUGUUAGUAAGAGUGCAACUCCUCCUCCUGUGACGCGAACAGAGUGA